AUGUCCCUUCGCGCCUACGUUUGUCCAUCGAUUCUUAACGCCGAUUUGGCGGCGCUCGGUUCGGAAUGCAAGAAAUUGUUGGCCGCCGGAGCCGACUGGUAAGCACUGGAAAAUGAAAUUUCGAAAAAGCAUUAGCAAAUUGUUGUUUUUCAGGUUGCACUUGGACGUGAUGGACGGUCACUUCGUUCCGAACCUGACUUUCGGCCAUCCGGUCGUCGAAUCGCUGCGCAAAUCGCUCGGCUCCGGCCCCUUUUUCGACGUCCAUCUAAUGGUGUCGAAUCCGGAAAAAUGGGUGGAGCCGAUGGCGGCGGCGGGCGCCAACCAGUUCACAUUCCACUACGAAGCCGUCGACGGAGGCGACGUGGCGGUCGGGGAGCUCAUUGAGCACAUCCGGAAGAACGGAAUGCGGGUGGGACUGUCCGUCAAACCCGGCACUUCUGUCGAGCACAUUCUGAAGUGAGCGCAUUAUCGAUUUUAAGAGGUCCGGGGAAUUUUCUGGCAUUUUUCAAAAGCUUCCUCAAAAUUCAGCGAAUCAGCUUUUUUGCAGACACGCCGCCCACAUCGAUAAUGCUUUGAUUAUGACCGUCGAGCCCGGAUUCGGUGGUCAGAAAUUCAUGGAGAAUCAAAUGGAAAAGGUGGCCUAGCUUUCCCUUUUCCAGUGCAAUAGAAAGCAUUUGCAGGUUCGCACGAUCCGCGCAAAGUUUCCGACGCUGACGAUCCAGGUGGAUGGAGGCGUGACGCCCGAAAACAUUGAAAUCUCGGCGCGCGCGGGCGCGAAUGCGAUCGUUUCGGGCACCGGAAUCAUCAGAGCGCCCGAUCAGACGGCCGCCAUUUCGACAAUCAAGAAGGCCGUCGAGUCGGCCAUCGCCAACGCCGCCAACUAA